UGGGUAAAAGUCAAUACACUCAGUAAUUAUGAAUUGAUUCAAGUCAAUCUGCAUGCAAAAUAACAAUUUGGAACUACAAUCAAUAAUGCAGCAUUUUAGGAAUUGUUUUAAACAUUACUUCUUUGCAUUAACAAUAGAUAAUGAUAUAAUAAUGUAACUAUGAAUACUCAAGUUUCAUGUUUUCUUCAAAACCAUUUAAAAUAUAAUCAAGAUCGCAUGUACACCUUAUGAUUACUCAAACUUUAUAAACUGAACUCUUAAUAUUUCAAAAGGGAAUGAAAAUUUACAUACUACAUGUAAACAUGUAUUUUAUAAAUGAAUGUUUAUCAUGCGGCAAUGAACAUAGUUUCUCUAGUACAGUAUAGCCCUAACAAACAGCACAAGUCAAACGUAUCCAUAAACUAGACAUGUCUGAUCUCAGAUUGUUGCUUAUAACAAUAUUCAAUGUUUUCAAUGUAAGAGAUGCUAUGAGAUUGACUCAAAUACAUAACGCUCAUUUUAAUAUUACAAAGUUGGUUGAUAUUGAGACAAAGGCAACAGGCCACCCUAUGCUAUACUUCACUGCUGACGCUAUAGCUGGGUUUAGACACAAGGCAGACACAACACAUUCUCAUUUAGCACAUGAUCUCCAGCAAGCCAAAGGUGACAUACUCAAGGCAAGAAAACGAACCAUGCCCCCUGAAGAUCAUGCAAAGUUCACUGGAUUCUGGAACGAGAUUUAUGGGAACAAUCUACCUCCACUGGCUAUGUAUUUGCUAAUUUAUCCUGACGAUCAUGAAGUAUUUAAUUUCAUUCAGGAUGCUAUGGAUCGCCUUACUGCCUAUCCAGAUUGGCUUGUUCAAGCUAUGCCAGUAGAUGAGGUGCCCAUAUCCCACACACUUCUAGGCUACGCAACAACAUUUGAUUUUCUCUAUACAAUGUUUGAUGAACAGCGCCAGAGAGCCUAUCUAGAGAAAAUUAUUACUACUACACGAUAUAUGUAUGCUAAGUCAUUUAAACGAUUUUGGGGAAGAUCAUACAUUCAGAAUCAUGUAGCUUCAAAUAUGGUGGCUCUUCUUACAGGGGCUAUAGUAGCUUCAGUUCAUACAAAUGAUGCAUAUGAUUGGAUUGAGAAAACAUUGAACCUCUUAGAAGGCAACAUGUACCUACUGAGUCUCAUAGGGGAUGGCUCACUAAAUGAAGGAGUAGCGUAUGGUGCAUACACAAUGCGCACUCUAACCCAAUAUCUAUACCUUGUGCAGCACCAUUAUCAUAUCGACCAUAGCCAAAAUGAAUGGCUACAAGAACAUUUCUGGUUUUAUUUCUCAACUCUGUUGCCUGGAUUUAAAGAGAAUCUCGCAAUUGGUGACUCAAAUAAAAAUUGGUGGUAUGGCCCUGAGAGUCAAUUGACAUACUUAGAUAGUUAUGUAUUAAGGAAUGGUUGGGGUAACUGGUUGGCUAGUAAGAUACGAGAAGCGAGGAAGUAUGGUUUAUCCCCUGGUGUAAAUCAGCGUUGGACAACCCAUCAUACUGAAUUUCUAUGGUACGAUCCUACAAUAAAACCCACCCCACCCCCAGGGUAUAGUAACUCCUCGCUGCAUGUAUUUAAAGACUGGGGGGUGGUCACAUAUGGAGGAGGACAAGAGCUACUCCCAGGAGCAACAUUCCUCUCUUUCAAAUCAAGUAAACUACAUGGUAGAGUCAUAAAAACACUAACAGGCAAACAUCACAACGGUUUAACAUGGGAUGAAUUCAACCCAGGUCAUGAACACCCAGAUCAGAACUCUUUGGUGUUUGCCCCCAAUGGGAAAUUAUUCAUCACAGAAGGGUUGUAUUCAUUCAAAUGGAGCUAUACAAAUAACAUCAUAAUGUUCAGUCCUUCUACACUGAGUAACUGUAGUAAGCCAUUGGUAGGUCAAAUACAUGAUUGUAACACAUGGCUGGAAUGGCACCCGAAGAAAGGGGUGACAGAAUGGAUGGACGCUGAGAUAGUGUAUGUAGGAGAAACUAACAAUAUGGUAUAUAUAGUUGGUGAGGCUGCCAAAGCUUAUCCUGCAGAAUUAAUGUUAAAAUCUGUCGCUAGGCAUUUGCUGUUGCUUAGCAACCAUUUGCUACUGAUCCUUGAUCACAUAGAAAUAAACACUGGAUCUUCUAUAACUGAUUGGAGUUCAUAUUUUAACAACUAUCAAAACAAAUUCAUUCCACUUGUCGACACGCAGUUCCAAGGAGCUAAAAUGAUAACAGAUAAUGAGGAAUAUCGGCUCAUAGUCCAGGUGCCGAGAACAGCCAGCCAACCAGAUGUAAUGAUCACCGAAGUACAGACAAACCAGGGAAAGAAUAUAAAGCGUACACUGAGCAAUAUCAAUGUAUCAAGCUCUUUACAAGGCCGCUUCACAGAUGUAUUAUACAUCCUCCAUUCUCCUGAAGUUAUAUUACAGGAUGUCAAAUUUCUCUCAAC